AUGGCGAGAGUGAAUACGGCUGUCAGUUUUGACGACAUCAUUCAAGCUGAUCGAAACAAGAAGAGGAAUGAAGCUCUCGCCUCUCAAAUAUUUGGCAAGAAGAAAGACAAGAACCUUCCCACUAGACCAAAUUCCCGCCCCUCGGAUCUAGCCAGCAGAAUCACAAAGCGAUCCUCCUCGGUCAACAGCACCGGCUCACCGAGGAGCAACUCAUUCAAUCCGCCUUCAAGACCUUCCUCUACAAAACCACAGAAUGCUCGCUCCAACCGCAUUGCAUCCGCCAUCACUUCCGGUCAAGCAAAUGUGCUCCCUUCACAGUCAAGAACGAAAGGCCCAGGUCUAAGCAUCAAGGGCAAAGCUGGUCCUUUUGUGGUGGAAGCCCGUAACUUUGCUCCGGGUACUACUGCCGCCGACAUUGAAUCAGCCCUGGCAGACCAAAUCUUGGAUAGUACAGGUUCCAAUGGAUUGUUAUCAUGUCGCCUGGUUUCUGUGACUCCCACCGUCGUUGCAGAAAUGAUCUUCACCGAAAAAGAUAUCGCCGAUAGAGUCAUCUCCAUGUACGACAAACAAAAAGCCGACGGCAGGAUUCUGCGCCUGUCCCUAAAGCCUGCCAGUGCUUCCACAACCUUCGUUUCACAGGCUAAGCAUACUGAUCUAAUCGAUGCCGUGGAACCGACUCUAUCAGACACGCUACCCGAAUCCGUGCACGAUAAUGUGAUGGACGACGUUGAGAUGGGUCAAGAUACAUCUUCUGCAGUUUACCAUGAUCAACAGGGGCAUGAUGCAAGACGUGCCGAGCCUGAGGUGCAAGAUGGCCGCUAUGGAUUCGAUGAUUCACAAGUCGAGCAAAAGGACGAAAGACGGGAUGACUCACACCGUGACAGAGAUCGGGAUCGAGAGUAUGAGCGAGAACGAGAACGAGAUCGCGAAAGGGAACGCCCACGUGAAAGUGAGCGCGAACGUGAACGGGAUCGGGACCGGGAUCGAGCUAGAGAUCGUGAUCAAGGUCGUUACGAACGUCGUCCAGACCGAGGCUCAUAUCGUCGAGAUGAGCGACCACCAGCUUAUAACUCACGCACCUCGCAUUACGGAAACGGUGUCGGUGCAGGCGCUGCCCCUGGCCCACUGUCCGGUAGAGGCUCCUUUAUUGGCGGACAGGGAGGCUUUCGAGGUGGUGGCCCUGGCCGCAUGUACAGUGACGAUGUGAUGCGUGGCGGUUGGCGUGGUGGCCCUCAAGGUGGAUUCGGCGGCAAUUAUAGAGGAAGGGGUGGGUACUAG